AUGAACGCUGACCUAUUUUUUACCACAGUAUCAGAUGGCCCAAAAGAAAGUUCCACACCGAUUUUGCAGGACAUGUCCCGCUCAAAAACGGACAGUGGAAAGAGGCCGGUUAAAAUUCGUCCGCCGAGCCCAAAAACUCCUCCAAGGCAAACAGCAGGCCGCAGCCUGUCAUGUGAACCACCAACCAAAUCCAUCAUCCAGAGGCGCACACAGUCCCUUCCAUCUCCAUCAGAGAGAAGGAGGCUUAGUCGCAGAGCCAGCGUCCGGUUUGUGGACUCUUUAGGGUUGGACCUGGAAAAUGUCAAGGUUUUCAAAAGCGGAGAGGACCCGUUUGUCCCAGAGCAUGUUCUCUUCCGACUCUUAAUGAAUGCAGAGUUAGCCUCAAGUAAGAGGAUGGAGAUUUCCCUACCAUAUUUGAAACCGAUGUUCUCAGUCCAGCCAGGUGACUGUUCAAACUUCACCGAGCGUCUGGGUUGCCAACAAGUAUGUCUGGAGCGGGUUUUGUGCUAUGAGCCUGGAAUUAUAGGGAUCGUUCAAGUUGUAAACUUGGCGUUUGAGAAGGAAGUGAGUGUUCGCUACUCUUUUACAAACUGGAAGAGCUGCUCAGAAACCAAGGCUUACUGGAUUGCAAGCAAAUCCAUUUCAAACGGGCCCUGCUGUGACACUUUUCGAUUUCAUCUACCCGUUCCU